GUAGGUUUCAUGUCCGGCUAUAAAUCACAAACUGUUUUCAUCGCAAAAAAUUACUUCGAUAAAUUCUUUCGGUGCAUAACUACUGCUAGGGGAGUUUUCGUUGUAUUUAAUGUGUAGUGAUUGGCCGAAUCGUUUCAAACAUCUCCAGGAUAUCAGCAUCCAAGGAUCUCUUAGCUGUCAUUUAAUAAAACAAAAUAACAAGGGAGCAUGGGUAAUUGUAACGGAAAUGAAAAGUUGAUUGACGAAUUAGCAGACCAUGUUGGUGCUCUUUAUGAUAACUUAAAGGUUAUCCUGCCAGCAACCAAUGACCUAGUUGACGUCAUCAAUUCAAUCCCAAUCGGCAAUCUCCCGCAUGCAUUUGUGACAGAUACGAGCACGAUUCAAAUGAACGUUGAACAUAUUGUUGAACUAAUUAAUGCUAUAAACCACUGCGUUGAUGUACAAGCGACAUGGAUAGCAAUACGUCUGCAGCCAGAUAUAUUUAGAAAUCUUUUGGAUGUCACUAUUUCGUCAGAAGAGAAAACUUGGCCAACCACUGCCGAUGAAUUGAAGGCGGACCUGAAGAAAACUAGACAAUGUUUAGAAGAUGUACAGAAGAACACAGAUAGAUAUAUUACAGAUGUUGAAACAAUAAAGGUUCAGGUAAAAAUGGGAGGACUUGUUGUAUCUCACUAGGCACAACUCUGUACAUUUCAUUGAAAAUUAUCCGCCCUUUGCAUGCUGGUCGUCUGCAAACUAGUCGUCUGCCCAAUCUUUUUCCCGGAAGUAAAAACAUAAACGUUGACUCUGGUGUUUGGCAAAUUAAAAUAUAUUAGAUUUUGAUUUAUUAUUGAUUAUUACUUGAUGGCAUGUUUUUAAAAUAAAAAAUAACUCGAAUCUGCUUCGAAUAUGUACAAAGGGUUUUAAAAGAUUUUCUAUAAAUUUUAACAAGAUACUACAGCUAUGUGUCGUUUUGUAACAAUUGUUUUAUAUGAAACACA